UCCUGUCUACUAUCUGGCAACCGUAUCUGCAAUAGAUGGCAUAUGUUAGGUAUGUCACAUAUGUGCUCUGUAGUGAACAAAUAUAUCUUAAAAAUAUCUGUGUCAAUGAAGCUGUGCUGUUUGUUAAGGUUAUUUAAUUCAGUAUCUUCCAAAACUUGUUCAAAUGUGGGAAGGCCUAUAUAUUGACAAUAUUGAAAAAAGUUUAACUUACGUUGCGUGCAGGGUAAGAAUAUGCAAAGUCUAUAAAGAAUAUUAACACUAGAUGGACCAUUGUUUUUACAGUUAACAACUCUUGGCAAAAACAAGAAUAUGAUAUUAUUAGCAGUUAUAAUUUUGUGCAGCCUAAGCAUAUUGUUUAUGUGAUUGUAAUAAUUAUGCCAACAAAUAUUUGAGAAAUGUAUUCUAAAAUAUUCAUGGCCAACUUGACAGCUACCAUCCUGUCUCAUUGAGGCUUCGGUAAAACUACAGUAUUCACCAAACCAUAAAGAUUGUGAAUGAGCUGCAGAGACACACUACCGUAUAUACCUCUCUUCCUCCUGUUUUUUUUUAAAAAAUUCUGAGAUUCCCUCCCCCUCACUGCCUCCAAAAUGUGAGGCUUCUCUCAACACCUCCCCCAUUAAUAUAUAGUCUAAAGAAGGUUUAAACAGUAGGACAGUUUGAAGGCUGAGUUACUCACAAUUAACACUAAAAAAGAUAUUGUAUAUUGUCUAGAUUAUAGGAGCUCUUCAGUAUUUGAAAAGAUUCUUUAAAAUACUGUUUGUUGUUUUUACAUGCCAGCAGAGAUAACAUUUCACAAACUGUUCCUAGAUAAAGCCGGAAUAAUCUCUUGCAAAUGUUUAUGGACCUUUGCUUUAGUGUCACAGUAUGAGUAUGUUGCGUCUUUGAUUGCCAGGACGUUGAUCUCAUGCAAAGCAUUUACUGACAGCUUUGGAUACUUAACAUAUGCUUUAUUAGUAAUAUGCUAGUUUAGUGUGCAAUACAUUGUGCAGCCAUCUCUUGCUAAAUAUAUUUUGUUUGGGUGCUGGAUGGUUUUAAAUUUAUUUAAUGAGGAAAAACUAGUUCAAAGAAGUUUAUAUCAAAUAGUAACAGCAAUUAUUUCUCUUCAAGAAUAGCACUAUUUCUUGAAUUAUGCCCACUGCCACAGCUAUUGGGGGGGGCUAGCUGGGUCCCCCCCCCAGGGGAGCGCCAUUGAGGCUCCCAGCCUAUUUGUGCGUGUGUGUACACAAAUACAGUACACAUGAGGGGUGCCAAACCAGGUCUUUGACCUGGUGAAAUAAAGCCUACCUAGUUUUGCACCUGAUUAUGCCACUUUUGUCACUUUUCAAAGUAUUUCAGUUUUGUACACCCCUGAUUGUCACGUAGCUCUGUUCAAGGUUUGAUAUAUAAUAUUUUGUUUGGUGUCAUCAUGAAUAGCAGGCUGAUGAAUGAUACUAUCAUAAAUUCUUAAUAGCUACAUCUGGAGCAGUGGCACCAGAGGGACAGUGACUGAGAGAUGUAUUGAAAUCAUAGAAGUAAAACAAAUACAGAUCUCUGUAUUAGUAUAAUUAUUUGUAUACCUAAAACUGGUGUCGUAAUACACUUCUGAUGGUCUUUGGCUAAUGAAAACUGAAGUUUUCCUCUGUAUCACAUUUGUGGCCGGACUGCCAUUAAUUGACAUACUACAGAAGAAAAAUCCAUCCCAUCAAGAAUUAGUCAUAUAUAUUGAGCAUCUUCAGUUAAGAUUUAAACUUCAGACAUUUUCAUUUCUGUCUUGAAAGAACCGGAUAUAUGAUUUACAAACAUGAUUGACUCAAAUCUCAAGUCAUUUAAGUUAAUUUGGUUCUUGGAGGGCAGUUCAUCUCACAAGUGGGGAAGUUGGUACAAAAAAGAUCUUAAGAACAGACUGUGCUUGCCAGCUUCUUGCAUGGGUAACUAUAUUAAACUGACCUUUGCUUCAAGUUUCUUUGAAAAAACUGUAAAAACAGCUGUGGCAAACAAAGGCAACACUGGUAGUGGGUAGCUAUUUUCUGUUGAUAAGAGACUGGAGAAGCCAAGGCAACAUGAUCUCUGCCUCAAAUUCACAACACUUCCGCAGUUAUCACAUGCUUAUUAGCCUGAAAGAACCAAAAUCUUGUCACCUGGAAAAGUAGGCAGUGGUUGCUUGGGCAAGGAAGGGAGCUACAUGCCAUAGCUGCCAAGUUAUCCCUUUUUAAAAGGGAUUUUCCCUUAUGCUGAAUAGGCUUCCUCGCGAGAAAAGGGAAAACUUGGCAGCUAUGAACAUGCUUUUCUUCCGAUCCUUGCAUUCCAUUUUAGAGAUGUGAUCAGGUGCCCUUGGUGCAGUUGACCAUGUCCCCUGUAACCAUCACCUACAUUCAGCUGCUUAACAUAAGCACUGCUAUUCGUGUGCAAGUGGUAAGUGUAGUGGUCUGCUGACUAGCCACUUUGCAAUUCAAGCAAAAUCAGUUAUAUGCAGUGCUGCUGAGAGGCAGGCACAGAGUAGUACCUCAGGUUAAGUACUUAAUUGGUUCUGGAAGUCCGUUCUUAACCUGAAGCGAACUUUCCCAUUGAAAGUAGUGGAAAGUGGAUUGAUCCUUUCCAGAUGUUGAAAAAUACCCCCUAAAACAGCAAUUUAACAUGAAUUUUACUGUCUACCGAGAACAUUGAUCCAUAAAAUGAAGGCAAUAAUCAAUGUACUGUACUAUAAAAUAAAUAAGACAGUAUUUUAGAUGAUAAAAAUUAAAAUUGAUUUUUUUUCUUACAUGCACUGAUGAUAGUCAGUUGGUGGCCAUCACUGCCUCCUGUGGAAGGGAGUUCCAUAGGUUAACUGUGCAUGGCAUGAAGAAGGACUUGGUUGCCAGAGUACCUCUCCUAUCUGUCUCAGCUUCUCCAGCUGGCUAAACGGAUCCAUCUUGUCUGGCUGUUUCCCCCUCCUAGGACUUGGUGUCUCCCGGCCACUCACUGCCUCCACAGCCAGAGACCGAUUGCAGAGGCCUCCGCAGGCCCUGCCAAUGUCCGGGCUGUGUUCCGGGCAGCUGCGAGGCCUCCGAGAGCCUCCGCAGCCAGAAGCCGAUUGCAGAGGCCUCCGCAGUCCCCGCGGAUGUCCGGGCUUCGUUCACUUCCAGGUUUACUUACUUCCGGGUUAAAAUGGUACGUAACCCGAAGCGUAUGUAACCUGAAGCAUACGUAACCCGAGGUACCACUGUACUGAUGUACUGGACCCCCCUCCAGUUGCUGAGUUUUCAUUUUUAAAAAAAAGGUGUCUAGACUUCCUAAAAAUAAUUUGUGGAGCAAAAUGUGCAGGCAGCCUUCUAUGCAGUUUCUGUGAGAUGAACUAGUCCAAUCGCCUUCUCAGUCCAGCCCGCGGACAGUCCAGGAAUCAGCGUGUUUUUACAUAAGUAGAAUGUGUCCUUUUAUUUAAAAUGCAUCUCUGGGUUAUUUGUGGGGCCUGCCUGGUGUUUUUACAUGAGUAGCAUGUGUGCUUUUAUUUAAAAUACAUCUCUGGGUUAUUUGUGGGGCAUAGGAAUUCGUUAAAAUAUUUUUUCAAAAUAUAGUUUGGCCCACCACAUGGUCUGAGGAACGGUGGACUGGCCCACGGCUGAAAAAGGUUGCUGACCCCUGAUCUGUAUUGUUAGUGCAGUGGUAUGGUAGCCAACUUUGUGAUGGAAUAUAUAUAGAAAUAUAUAUACAGUAUAGGACAGUCAUUGUGUUCUGUUGAUUCUUUAUAGGUUUUUGAUUGGACCCUAGGAAUCUCUAAUAGAUUGCUUGCAUAUGGGCUUUAGUGAGUAAUGCAAGAGAUGAAAUAUAAUUACAUAUGGUUAUAUGUUCAGAUGAGCAGUGGUGAUCUACCCUGGGCAUGAUCCAAACCAGUUCAAGCUUAAACUUGUUAACUAGAACCUAUUCCAAACGAAAUCCAGGGAAUCUCACCCAUUUCUUUCUUUGUUUUGUUUUGUUUUUAGAAUGUAGAUUUUUAAUAUUGUGUAUUGUCUGCAGUGCCUUUGGACACAGAGACCAUUUAUAAAAAUAUUUUGCAUUCAGAAAAGAAAUACAGUUAGUCCUAAAGCAGAAAAAAAGAAAAAAGGCUCCCUAUUAUUUAUUUGUUUGCUUAGUCAUUGCAUUUAUAUCCUGCCUUUUCCUCUAAGGAGCUCAAGGUGCUGUACAUGGUUCUCCACCUUCUCAUUUCUCCCACAACAACCCUGUGAGUUAGGCUGGGCUGAGAGAUACGUUAGUGACUGGCACAACACCCAGUGAGUUUCAUGCUUAAGUGAGCUUCAGCCCGCCCCCUUUGAACUCUGGUCUUGUAGGUCCUAGUUGGACACUCUAAUUACUGCACUGCACUGGCUCUCUAAGUAGGUAGUUAGUAGUCUAUCAUGUUAAUUACAUGAACUUAGAAUAUGCUGAAAAAGCUGUUAAUUGUAUUUUUCUAAUGUGAGCCUCUGUGCACAACAAGUUGCCUACCUUUGAUGUACAAACAGUAUUUUCCAAGCAAGUGUAAUUAAGUGUCUGAGACAGCACAUUACAGAAACGACUAUUGUUUUAGUUAGCCUAUCAUAUUGCACCAUUGCUAAACAGCCCUCUUGCAAAAAGAGAUUUUAACAUACCAAGGUGAACGUGUAAGAAUUUAAGAUAUGAUGACAUUGUUUCCAUAUUUGCAUAACAUUACUUCCUUACCCGCAGUGACUUGCAUAGGGAAAAGAAUAGGCUCCCAGUAACUUCUAGCAGCAGCUGCUGUUGUCUUUGCUACGACUUCAGAGCAAACGUGCCUUCUUUGCUCAGUGUAGUAGUUAGGUUUUCAUCUGGACAUACUUUGCUCCACUGGUUCAUUUCUGCACAAAGAUUUCAUGUGGGGAUAUGAAGAUGAGAGUCCAGAGGACACGGCCCCAUUCUGCCCGCAGCUUCCUUCUGAUCUAUGUGGAAAUGAGGAGGUGGGUGAGCCAUUCAAAGAGGAAAAGGCUGUUGCUAAAUACCUGCGUUUCAACUGUCCAACCAAGUCUACCAAUAUGAUGGGUCACAGAGUAGAUUACUUCAUUGCCUCCAAAGCUGUGGAUUGCCUUCUGGAUUCUAAGUGGGCAAAAGCCAAGAAAGGAGAAGAAGCCCUGUUUACCACUCGAGAGUCUGUAGUUGAUUAUUGCAACAGACUUUUAAAGAAACAGUUUUUCCACCGAGCUCUAAAAGUGAUGAAGAUGAAGCCAGACAAGGAUGCAAAGAAAGAAAAGGAAAAAGAGAAAGGAAAGACUGAAAGUGGAAAAGAAGAUGAGAAAAAGAGCAAAAAAGAUGGCGGAAAAGAAGAAAAAGCUAAGAAGGAGAAAGAGAAGGAAAAGAAGAAGGAUGGUGAGAAAGAAGAAGGCAAAAAGGAUGAAACUCCUGGCACGCCUAAGAAGAAGGAGACAAAGAGAAAAUUCAAACUUGAGCCUCAUGAAGAUCAGGUUUUUCUGGAUGGAAAUGAGGUAUAUGUGUGGAUUUAUGACCCAGUUCAUUUUAAAACAUUUGCCAUGGGACUCAUACUUGUGACUGCUGUUAUAGCUGCAACUCUCUUCCCACUCUGGCCUGCAGAGAUGCGAGUAGGAGUUUAUUAUUUGAGCGUAGGUGCAGGAUGUUUUGUGGCUAGUAUUCUCCUCCUGGCUGUUGCCCGCUGCAUCCUCUUCCUUAUCAUCUGGCUGAUAACUGGCGGAAGACAUCAUUUCUGGUUCUUGCCAAACCUGACUGCUGACGUUGGCUUCAUUGACUCCUUCAGGCCCCUGUAUACACAUGAGUACAAAGGACCAAAAGCUGAUUCAAAGAAAGAUGAGAAGUCUGAAUCCAAAAAGCAACCAAAAUCUGACAAUGAGGAGAAAUCUGAUAGUGAGAAAAAAGAAGAUGAGGAUGGCAAAGCUGAUCCACUGGGAAGCUUGGGAUCAGAAGCUUCUGGCGGAGAGCGGAAUUCAGACACAGACAGUGACAGGCGGGAGGAUGACCGGUCCCAGCACAGUAGUGGCAAUGGAAACGAUUUUGAAAUGAUCACAAAAGAGGAACUUGACCAGCAAACAGAUGAAGAGGAUUGUGAAGAGGAGGAAGAGGAGGAGGAGGAGCAAGAUACUAGGCCUUUACAUGAACAAUCUUAAUUCAGCUGUAGUUUGGGACUAAAUUUUGUGCAGACAGUUGGAUUUUCUAUGUUGGCUGCUACACCAUCUUGACAGCAUUCAUUUCUUCCUUAUCUGCUGAAGUAUACAGAUGCAGCUUAGCCAAACAGCUUUAUAACAUAGUUCUUAAUUUGUUUUACAAACAGAAGAAAGCCACUUAACUUGAUAAUAGUUGUAAGUAAUCUAAUAUACACUUACAAAAGCCAUCUGUUUCACAACUUGUCAGUCAGAUAUUUUGGUCUGCUUAAGUCAUCAAAUAUACAAAGGAACGUAGUUCUUUUAAUAAUAUUUUGGGAAAUUGCAUGUUUUCAGUAACUACACUUUUCCAGAAUAGUAAUUUAAAAUGGCACUUGUUGCAUUUAUUCCUAAUAGCUUAAUUUGAUUGAUACUUACAACAAAGUACUUUUCUAUUUAUAUCGUUAUUAAUCUUCAUAAAAAUGUAAGACUUUUCUUAGAACUUUUUGUUUAAGAAUUUUUUUUCUUAAGACAUAUAAGUUAAUGCUGACAUGGCUGUAGGGUUUUAAACUUUUUAACCGUGUGUGACCAACUUAGGAAAUCCAGACUGUUCUGUCCAUCUGGUUCAGAGCAAAGAAGUCAUCUUCAACAGGUGGGGGGGAGCAUUAUUUGGAGGUUAUAGCUCUUGUCUUGACUUGCCCCAUCAUAAUACAAGAAGUGUAUUCUGUACAUAACAUACAAAUAAAGCAACCCCCUUAUUUUACCUGUUACUUAUUAUUUGGAGGAUUUAUCCAGUUUUCAAUUUGUAUAAUUAAAAGCCAUUUCAGAAUGUGUGUGUGUAAGGGAAAUGCAAGUCACAAGGACCUAACAGAAUCAGUGAGAUUGGCAGCUGUGUUCACUACUGCUUUAGUUUUGUGCCAACAUUCCACGUAUUCAAGUCCAAGUAAACUGAUUCUAAUUCAACAAAAACAGACAGCGUAGCUCUGUGUAUGCCUUAAUGUUAGUCUUUGAUUUCUUUCUGUCUUCAGAAAGUGGAGUACUGUAUUUGAUGAGUAGACACUGCCAUGAGAGAGGAUAGACUUGGCUUGAACAUUAAAAGAAGCUCAUAAAAAAAGAUUGCCAAGACCAAAUAAUUUCUUGAAAUCUUGAAGGAGUUCUGAUUGUUCACUUCUCUCUUAUGCAUCCCUCAUUUGACUAACUUGGAAGACCAUUGUGUGUUUAGUUCUAUAAACAUUUUAAAGUUAAGACUUUACAUCAUUCCUCUGAAUCAUUAAAUUUCAGCCUGAAACUGAAAUUAUGAAUACAGAUUCAGUUCUUUCUUAGCAAAGUGACUGUGAAGAGAUAAUGCUAGUUACUUGCUUGCAUUUUCAAUAGCUGACUUAACAGAUCUCUCCUUUUUUCCUUGAACUGCUUUUUCCAUCACCAGUGUUUUGACUGAAGAUGUUAAUUUUUUCUGAUUGUGCAAAUAUAUGCAUUUUAUGUGUGCAUUGAUAAAAACCAUUCACAAAUGUG